CGAAUCCUUGCCGCGCAGAAAGCGUUGGUUUCCGUCGUUGGACCUCUUCCAUUUUUUGGACGGAGCGGAGGCGUUCUGUAAAACCGGACCAAACAGCAGCUUGUGUCCUCGCUGCAAGGAGAGCAAGGUGGUCUUGCCUGCUGCUGUGCCUUCAAAGGUCUUCUCCUGUUCGUCGGAUCGGGGUCCUUCAACGAGCAGCUUUGGGCAAAGACCGACCGAGGAAUGGUCUCGUAAGGAUACCCUACAGCUUCUUGAAAUCUUCGCGGUUGCAACAUGGCGAGCCAGCAACAGCGACAGCAGCAACAGAAGCAGCAACGGCAAAAGCAACCACAGCAGCAGCAGCAACAACAACAGCAGCAUCAGCAUCUCGCUGCCGCUGCUUUGGCCAAUCAAAUGUCGGGUGGACAAUUCUACCAGCCGAAUAAUGCGGCAAUGGAAGAAGGUGGUGCAAGCAAUAGCAAUAUGGGCUUCGAGUGGGCCUCAACACCGCAACCGUCGUCCUCGCAGCAGCCGCAACAACAGCGGCUAAGCGGCAACAACAAUAGCUUUCAGUCGGGUUUGGCCUUUGAUCAGAUGGGUUUUGGCGGGCCCAACGGCUUCUCAUAUGCCGCCGGGCAAGAUGCAGACGUCGAGCUCGAAGCCAUCCUGUCCAACUACCAGCCAAAGGUCAACGCGUCUUCGCGCACACCGGCCGACCAGCUCAUGUAUGAUGGCCGCAGGCUGGCAUCCUCCUCGAUGCCGUCGACAACGGCGACAGCGGCCACGGCCGCAGCCGACAAUCUAGACCCAGCCACGGCUGCCGCUGCCGCUGCCGCUUACGGCCAUUUGGGCUACGGAGGCGUAGGGGGGACGGUGCCAGGUCGUGCCCUAGCCAAUUGGAGUGCUGUGCCUCUCAGUAGUAGUGCAGCCCCAGCCGGCGCUGCAGCACAGGGCGGUGGAGCGACAACCAGUGGCAGCAACCACAGCGGCUCGGGGCACCUGCCAUAUGCUACUGCAACGAGCUACCCUAACUCGUCGUCACUUCGACCCGACACGUCUGCGGCUGGUCAUCUUGGUGGUAGCUCGGGCCAUGGCAACAGCAGCGGCGGCGGCGUCGGCGGCGGCGUCGGUGGUGCUAGUGGUGCUGGUGGCGGUUACGAGGGGGAUGCAUCCAACUCCAACACCUCUUCAGCGCAAACCCCUGGGGAAAUGAGCAGUGGAACAGAGGACAGCGCAUCAGGCAAACGGCGAAGAGUGACGCUGAGUGGCGGUGGUCUUGAUACGCCCAUCGAUGUCGCUUCCUCGAGUAGGCUGUCGCCCCAGAGCAUGUUCAUGCAGCAACAGCAACAGCGCUUUGACCAGAGUCUCGCCGCGGGCAAUCUCAACAACGUCAACGGUCAGCCCUCUCUCGGCCUGCGUGGAGCCCCGCACCACCGUCCUGCGAUGGUCCACCAGCCCUCGUCGACCGUCGAUUCGGCCCAUCUCGAGGAACUGGCUACCGCUGGCUUCCGCAGGGCCUCCGAAGACAACAAGCGUGCGAUUCCCCACCAUCCGUCGGCCAUGAUGAACCACCAUCACCAGCUCGACCCCUCGUCGUCUGUGUCCUCUUCGUCGUCAACGCCCUUCUUCAACGUUGGUAACAACGUCGAGCAUUCUGUUCGACCCACGUACCGGCAUCGUCGGUCUCACAGCGGUUCCAUGGCCAUGGGUGGCUCCAGCGGCAACACCAGUUUCUUCGGUGCCACCGGGGCUGGUCGGCCGGCUAUAGCCCCGACAAAGCGACUCUCUCAUCCUUCGUCUGGGUCCAGCUCCGCCACGCCUGGCUCUGGUGGUGGUCCACUGCUGGGUGGCCACGCGGCCUCGCACCCCCCUGGCCUGGGAAGCCAGGUCCUUCGAGGUGCAGAUGGCACGGCCAGUGGCAGCAACGCCGCCACCGACUUUACCAAACGAAAGGGCUGGCCCAAUCGCAUCGUGGAGGAGCUCCUCGACUUUGUUCACGUCCUCGACGCCCACGGGCGCGUUCUCUUUGCCAGUCCGAGUGUGCAGACGCUCACCGGCUGGAAGUCUGAGGAUCUCAGGGGAAGAGAAAUUGCCGAAUUCAUCCACCAAGACGACGUCGCCGUCGUGUUGCGCGAGCUCAGCCGGGCCAUGCAGGAACGUUCGGAGCUCACGAUGUACUAUCGCUUCCGACGAAAACCGCAGUCUGCAGCCGACAAGCGGCGCAUACAGGACCAGCGCGAAGCCAAUGCCAACAAUGCUCGCUCGCGCUCUGGGUCCUCGUCGGGCAAUGACUCUUCAUCGGCACAGAGCACCACGACAGGCCCAGCAGGCGCGACGGUUUCGUCGUCCCUGCGUAACCAAGACGAGGAGGACGAUGCAGAGACGAACAUGUUCCGCGACGACUGGGAGGACAAAUACGUCAUCUUUGAGGCCACGGGCCACCCCUACUUUCCUCCAGACGGCGUCGGCCCGUAUGGUGGUGGCGUGACGAUCGAUGAAGAGGGUGAAGAGGACGACGCUGAAGGCGGAAAGGACAUCAAAAGGGAGUUUGGCAGUCCUUCCAAGCUCCGCGCUUCCAUGGGCACGGGCGACGGCGGCAUCCAGGACAAAGGUGGCGGCGACAGUGCUGUAGACGAAUCAAGCAGCAACAGCGAGAUGCAGUGCUUCUUCUGCUCUUGCCGCGUCUACCCGACCAAGAACGUCGGCAUGCUCGACUCCUUUCUGGAGCUCAAGCUCGAGAACGAGCGGCUGCGAAUGCUCCUCUCCGAGCUCAGCGUCUCGGAAACGCCCCAACACCCGCUGCGGCAGCAGCACACGGGAGGAGGCGCAAGCAGCACAGAGGCUGGUAGUGAUGGGCGGAGAAGCCUCGACGAGGGCGCAGCCGGCUACAAUCCCGACUUUCAGAGCUUCGACAUGGACGGUACUCCUCACUUUCCCCAACACGCACAGAUGCAGCCGAGUGCGCCCAAUCGCAGAGACUCAAUGGCGGCUGUUCCACCCCUGGCUUCGGCCCCCACGAGUCCUAUCAUGGGGCAAAGUCUGGAGAGGACAGCGACGAAAGAUACAGCGGCAGGCGAAGAGAGCGACGAUGCCACGAGUCCGUCGAGCGGAAUCGUCGGCGAGGAUGGCAAACGCAAGAAGAAAAAGCCAAAGCAGGAGGAAGGUGACUACGUCUGCACCGACUGCGGACGGGUGGACUCACCGGAAUGGCGCAAAGGUCCGCUGGGACCAAAGACGCUUUGCAACGCGUGCGGUCUGCGCUGGGCUAAAAAGGUCAAGCGGAGUGGGGGAGAUCCCAACGCAAUCGCCAUGGCAGCCAAGCCGACAAAGGGCCAGAUCAAGGCCCAGGCCGCCGCUGCUAGGGCGCAGAAGCAGAACCAGCAAUUCCAGGCGGAGAAUGCGGACUUGACUGCAACUGGCCCGCCGCCAGCUAAUAUGAUGGGCCAUACCGACGAACCGACGAGCCCGACUUUUGCUAGCCCUACUUCGUCCAGCUUUGCGCCAUCAGCCUACGAUCACAACACCUGGCCGCCUCCACAGCUGCUUGGCCUGCCACAGCAUUCGCAGCAAGUCCACAAUCCUCAAGGUGGUGGUGCCGGCGGCAACAACACAUCUAGUUUCAUGGGUCAACAGUACAAUGGCAGCUCCUUCAACUUGGGUUAGAUUCCUCUUAUUCCUUCCAUCUCUUUCGCUGCACCCGGGACAAGAACAAGUUGCAUGUAACUUUAUUCUCGGCAACUCUGAUUCCCUUGCUUUUGCAUUUUGAUUGCCAUUACCUACCAACUUAUAGUGUUUUGUAGAGAGUGCUAGCUUGGUGCUGUAGUAGCUGUCAGCAUCCUUCAGUCUGUUGGGGGGCUUAAAGUCGGUUGUCAAGCCGGGUUCUGAACACGUGGGCUUCAGAUUAGAAGCCUGAACGGAGGAUCCAGGAACGUUUUGUUAUUUUCCUCGAUCGCGAGGCGUGAAAUUUC